AGACACACAGAAAGAGAGAAAGAGAGAGAGGGUGAGGGAGAAAGAGAGAGACACACAGAAAGAGAGAAAGAGAGAGAGAGGGUGAGGGAGAAAGAGAGAGACACACAGAAAGAGAGAAAGAGAGAGAGAGGGUGAGGGAGAAAGAGAGAGAGGGAGAUCUACAGGUACGCACACUCCUUCUUUCCUUCUUUUCCUCUCUCUCCUCCUCGUGCUGCGCAGCAGAAUGGUGCAUGGUGCCGCUCUGAGCGUCUGAUCUGAUCUCUUUUCCUCUCUCUCCUCCUUCGCGCGCGCCGGUCAGCAGCAUGAGCGCGGAAUGCACGAGCUACUACAGCGCCGAGCGCGAGUUCAUCAGCGCCUUCACCUGCCCGAGACCCGGAGGAGACGCUCACGCCGUGUACUGCUGCGGCUUCAACGACGUCAAGUACUGCUGCGACGAUCCCAACAGCUUCUUCCCCUACGAGUACGGGUACAUGUGGUGGCUCAGUGUUGGUGCUCUGGUGGGUUUGUCUAUAGCUGCUGUGGUGCUGCUGGCCUUCAUCAUCACGCUGUGUGUGCUCUGUUACCUGUUCAUCGCCACUAAACCCCGAGGACUCGAUAAUGGUCUCACGCUGCAGGUGCCAGGGUCUGAGGCCGGGCCUCAGGAGGGUUCGAGUCAGCGCAGCGCUCCGUCCGGACCUCAAGGCUUCCGCAAGCAUUUUCUGAGAGGAAAACUGCACUGUGACAACCAGCCACCCGACCCGGAGCGCCUGUUUCAGCGCUGCUACAUGGCCACCGUCACCACCAUUAACGUCGAGGGGCCUUCGUAAAGUAAACCGCCUUCAACACCUCUGUUUCUGUAGCUCUAAAGAACAUCCUACUCUAUCCUGUGCUCUAUCAUACUGCUCACGUGGAAGACCACAAGGGGGCGCCCUGCGAAAGCCUGAACUGUGCUAACAACCAUGGACUCAGUGAACUACGGACAAGAAAAUAUGUAUAUAAUAUUUAAAGAAAAAUACCGCAGUCUUACGGGGCCCCCUGGUGGCCAGGUGACUCCCUGUUCGUGCGCUUCUGUCUGAAAAGUACAACCAGUGUCCAAGCUUUUUUGUUUUCACGUU